AUGAUUGGAAUCGAAUCCAGCCAAAAAUCUAAUAUGCCACGCCACAUCCUCCUCAUUAACGGUCCAAACCUCAACCUCCUUGGCAAGCGCGAGCCACACGUCUAUGGCUCAACGACCCUGGACGAUGUCAUCGCCACUGUGAAGAGCCAAGCCCUUGAAUUAGGAGUCGAGCUGGAAACAUUCCAGUCUAACCACGAAGGUGCCAUCGUGGAUUGCAUCCAGGAAGCAGCGGGAUGGGGGCCGACUGUCAAGUCCGACGAGAUCAAGGAGAGAAAGAAAGUGUCGGCUAUCAUCAUUAACCCUGGGGCACUGACACAUACGAGCGUUGCAGUGCGGGACGCGCUUUUGGGAGUUGAUAUUCCGUUUAUAGAGCUGCACGUAAGCAAUGUACAUGCGAGGGAGCCAUGGAGAAAACACAGCUAUCUCAGUGACAAGGCAGCAGCAGUCAUCUGCGGUAUGGGAGCAUUCGGGUAUAAAGCAGCGCUUGAGUUUGCGGCAAAGCAUAUGGAGGUGAGGGAGGAUAAGAGAUGA